AGUUCCUAUAGCACUCAAUUAUAUCCAAAAUCUCAUCUUCUUCCACUACAUUUACCCCAAAAAAAAAAAAAUCUUCUGCUACCAGAGCUCAGCUGAGAGCUUCCGAGACUAAAAAUGGCUUCUUUCUCAAUGGUUUCAACUCCAGUCCAUCUCUACCUCCCAAAGAAGCUUACUUUCCCAAUCCGAUGCUCUUCUUCUUCAUCAGCGCCGUCCGUUUCGACCCCACCGAGCUGGACCCAGUUCGAUCUGAAAACCUACUGGACGACCCUGAUAGCCGAUAUCAAUCAGAAGCUUCACGAAGCCGUCCCGGUUCGGUACCCAGAUCAGAUCUAUGAAUCCAUGCGAUACUCUGUGCUCGCCGAAGGAGCCAAACGAGCCUCACCGGUCAUGUGCGUCGCUGCUUGUGAGCUCUUCGGCGGCAACCGCGUAGCUGCCUUCCCCACAGCCUGUGCUCUUGAAAUGGUACACGCAGCUUCACUCAUUCACGAUGAUCUUCCAUGCAUGGAUGACGACCCAUCACGCCGGGGCCAGCCCUCGAACCAUACAGUCUAUGGCGACGAUCUGGCAAUUCUAGCUGGUGAUGCUCUGUUUCCAUUGGGGUUUCAGCACAUUGUGGCAAACACGCCUUCCAGCCUCGUGCCCGAGCCACGCCUCCUGCGCGUGAUCACAGAGAUUGCGCGCACCGUGGGGUCCACGGGCAUGGCGGCAGGGCAGUUCCUCGACCUGGAAGGCGGGCCGGAUGCUAUCGAAUUCGCGCAGGAGAAGAAGUUUGGGGAGAUGAGUCAGUGUUCUGCUGUUUGUGGAGGAUUGCUAGGUGGUGCUGAAGAUGAUGAUGUGGAUAGACUGAGGAGGUAUGGCAGAGCUGUUGGGGUUUUGUAUCGGGUGGUUGAUGAUAUUUUGGAGGACAAAAUGAAUGGUGAGGAUGAGGAUGAGCGGAAGAAGAAGAAAGGCUUCAGCUAUGUGAGAGUUUAUGGGGUUGAGAAGGCUAUGGAGGUGGCAGAGCAGCUUAGAGCCAAAGCUAAGCAGGAAUUGGAUGGAUUUGAGAAGUAUGGUGAUGCUGUGGUGCCACUUUACAGCUUUGUGGAUUAUGCUGUUGAUAGAAGUUUUACUGUCAGUGACUCAAGUUGAUUGAUUGAUAGAUAUAUAUAUAUAUAUAUAUAUAUAUACACACACACACAUUGCAUAGAGCAAGCAUUCCCUUGAUAUGAUUUCAUGCUUUCUCUAAACUUGUGUAAGCAAGCUCUUUUACAUAUUGCUAGAAGAUGAUUGGGGUUUUACAGUCGGUGAAUGUUAAAUUUUAGGCGAGCUGAAGUUCCAAGUUGUGGGAAGCUGAAAGCUGAGAUUUUUGGGGGUUGUUUGAGAUGGGAGCUGAGAUUUGUGGGAUGCAAAAUUCACUUGGAAA